AUAUAUACAUAGUCACUAAUUAUAAUCAAGAAAAUUCUAAAAAUUGUAGCAAUUUAAGUAAAAAAAAAUAAUAAAUGGCACAGUUGCGAAAAUUAGAGGGAGAAGUGGAGGUGAAAUGUUCAGCAGAAAUGCUAUUUAAAAUGAACAUGGCUAAACAACCCAAUAUUCCCAACAUUUGUUCCAACAUGUGCAGGGUUGAAGCACACCAAGGCAAUUGGGAAAGUGUGGGUAGCACCAGAAGAUGGGACUAUAUUAUUGAUGGGAAGUCAGAGUACCUUAUAGAGAGGAUUGAAGCAAAUGAUGAGAAGAACAAGAUCAUACAUCGUAGUGCAAUUGAUGGAGAUAUAAUGAAAACUCAUUACAAAACAUUCUCAAGCACAUUGUGUAUAAUCCCGAAGGGACAUGAAUUUUGUGCAGUAAAAAUUACUCUAGAGUAUGAGAAGAUGAGUGAAGAUGCUCCUGAGCCUCAUCAAUUGCUACACUUUGGGCUCGCUAUCUUCAAAGAUCUUGCCCGUCACCUUACUAAUAAUGCCAAUUGAGGGCAAACCAAAGCCACCAUUUGUUAUGAAAUAGCUCGUGUAGUAUUUGAUUUGUACGGAACAAUAAUCAAUGAACAAAUGAAUGUUGAAAAAGCAAUAGAAAAGAUAAACAAAACACAAGAUUUUACGUGUUUGAUCAACUAAACCUAUUCAACUAAA